AUGAAACACGUAUUUUUUCAAAUACAAAAUGAGCAAUGUCAUACUCCAGGGCUAGGAUGUUCGUUUAUGAAUGUUGAACUAAUAAACGAAAUUACAAAAGGUUUUGCUACAAAAUGGAUUUUUAAAUGUAAAAUGUGUAACCUAUUGACUACACUGGAAUCGGAAAACAACGAUCUAAACUAUAUACCGAUUAACAAAGCAAUUGUUAAUGGCACGUAUGCAAUUGGUAUAGGAUACACACAACUAGCUGAAUUUUCGGCAAGUUUAGAUGUUCCAUGUAUGGCCCCCUCGACAUAUAUAAAAUAUAGUGAGGAAAUAAGUAUGCAUAUGGAAACUACAGCAUGGAGUGUUAUGGAACUCGCUGGUAUAGAAGAAAAAAAGUUGGCUUUUGAGGCAGGUGAUAUAGAUAGUGAUGGUAUACCUAUGUGCCCUGUUGUUGCUGAUGGCCAAUGGAGUAAGCGCAGCUACAAGACGAAAUACGACGCAUUUUCAGGAGCGGCCACUAUAAUUGGAUUUCGGACGAAAAAAAUAUUAUUUAUUGGAAUAAGAAAUCGGUACUGUGUGAUUUGCGAAAGAGCGAAAACCAUCGGUAAAUCUCCCAUGACCCACAAGUGCUUUUUAAAUUGGAAGAAUGGUGCUACCAGCAUAGAAGCCGAUGCUAUAGCAGAAGGAUUUUUAUGCAGCGUUAAAAUGCACGGUUUAAAAUUUAAACAGUUAAUUGGAGACGGAGAUAGUAGUGUUUGUAAAAGAUUAAAUGAAGUUAUGCCGUAUGGACCUACAUUUUUAAUUGAGAAAAUUGAAUGUAGAAAUCACAUACUUCGUAAUUAUGGACAAAAAAUAAUGCAUUUAACAAGGAAAACUGAGUACCCGGGUUUUAUACGAAAAUUUAUAUCAAAGAAUGUACUAAGAUUUCGGACAGCUAUAACAAAAGCAAUAAAGUAUAGAAAUCGAAUUGAUGAAUCACAUUAUAACAAAAUUGAAGGAUUACAUAAACCAUACUUAGCCGCUAGCCCUGAUGGUUUAAUUGGCAAUACAGCUGUUUUGGAAAUUAAAUGUCCUUUUUCGAUCAAAGAUACGAAUGAAUUACAAACAGCGGUCGACAAUAAAAAGAUACCUUAUGUAACUAUUGUAGACGGGAAAAUGAAAUUAAAAAAAACUAGUUCAUACUAUUAUCAAGUACAGGGACAAUUAAAAAUAACAAAAAGGAAUGUAUGUUAUUUUGUUGUAUACUCCGAAAAAUGGAUUGAAUAUGACGUAAUCGAUUACGACGAAAGAUUUUGGUAUUCUAAAAUGGAUAUUCAGUUAGAGACAUUUUAUAAAGAAUGUCUUCUGCCAGAAUUGGUUGAACCACGUUUAGUUGUUAAUAAACGGAAAGAUGCUAAGAAAUGGGAAAAUGCAAAUUAUGCUGAAGUUAAAAAUAAUUUAAUAUUGAACAGUUGA